AUGCCGUCUUCACCUCCCAUGGCACUGUCGCCGCCUUCGCCGACGAGCCCGGUGUCACCCACGCCUAGCAGCUCGAGCAGCGCCACCGCUACACCCAGCGGCGGGUCCACGCCCACACUCUCAUCAUUGCUAUCAGCCGCUACGCACGUCGUGAGCGCGCAUUCGCAGUCGAAUCUGGACGUGCCGUCCGCUGCCAGUCCUUCGUAUUCUGGGAACACGAACCCGCAUUCGAGAGCGCAUUCGCUCCUGCGCCGCUCGCGAUCGCACAACGACCACAAUCACCUGCUCGCGCCGCCCUCGCCCGACGGCGCACACCACCGUCGUUUCUCCCUCCACCGCAAUCACAGCCACUCUCACUCGCGCGCUCGCUCGCGUAGCCGGCACGACGCGGCCCAGCACGCGCACGCGGAUUUCAUAGCAGAGUGCGAAGCGAGGAUCAGGGAGAGGUACCCGGAUGCGAGUGAGGAGGAAGUUAGGAGGAGGGUCGAUGAGGAGGUUGUUGGGGGGCUGGAGGAGGCGGAGGAUGUGGCGAGGGAGAUCGUUGAUGAGGAUGAUAGGGAGGAGGAGGAGAGGAGGAGGAGGGAGAAGUGGGCGGCUGUUAGGGCGUUUUAG